AUGAAAGCAGAUAAUAAACAAACGUUAAAGAAGCGAAAGUUUGACAUGGAAAAAUAAAAAAAUACAUAUUUUUCAAUAAAAAUAAAUAAAUAAUCGGAAAAUGGACUCCAAUAAUUCCCGCUACAGUGCGGACAGUGACAAUGGUUUCGAUAGCUUCUUGCAUAGGAACUUUAAACAACGACAAUUGCAGACAAGUACUCCCUCCAAUUCGAUGACCAUAAUUAUUGACGAAGUCGAUUUGGAUAGCAUCUCGCCCUCACUGGAUGCGAGCAUUAUAAGUUGCGAUGGUGUCUCUCCUCGGACUCCGCUACAACAAAAUCAUCGAAUGGAUCAUUUGAUACUUAGCAAUUACCGACUCAAUCAUCAGGGACGGAAAUGUUCACCCCGUGGUGAUAAUACAAAAUUGUCACCAUUCGCGAAUGCCGAUGUUGGCAAUCAAUUUGCGGCCUCACCAAGAACUCCAAGGGCUGUGCCCAGUAUUUGGAAACCAUUGCCCAGUUAUCGUCUGGGACGUUUGCGUCAUCAUUUGGAUGCGCAUAGGAGACCACAUUAUAGUUGAAAGUUGGAUUUUUUAUGAUUUUCCUUCAUUUGCGUUCGAUUUAAUAAAAUAUUUAUUUGAAGCAAAAA